CUUACAAAAUUUUUUGAAAAUUUUCUUUCGGCACUGGCAACUAGGCCUAGGUGGCAGAUAUUUCGACAUUUGUCUAGCUACCUAUACCGGAUAUCUACACAAAGGAUUCAUACUUUUAUUGGAUUAUACAGACGCUGAUUUCAGUUUUUUACUGUCUUCAGACUUCAGCCUCAGGAAUUGUUGCCGUAGAACUAAGACUAAGUUAGCUGUGCCGAUUUGUGGACCUAAAAGAUUCAGUUUGCAACUUCAGGAUUGAAUUUUUUCUUGGCGGUUCGCUUGAUUGAACUUUGGAGGUGAUUGCAUCCAGGAUUCAUUGGACUUGGGCUGAGUGACGGAGCUUCGAGUCUAACUCUAGUUUCGCGAGUUGAUCAUGCCAAAGGUUAAGGCCAAGAAAAUAACGACCGCAGGUGCGAGGAAGGGAGAUGACACACCGAAGAGGAGGCCGGGUCGGCCGAGAGGUCCACGGGCGACGUCAACCCCCGCAAGUGUGGAUCUGGGGCUGGGAGGCGGCAACAACGGGCCAGGAAGGAGCGGUGAGUUAAAUCCCUCUCAGUCUCAAGUUGUCGAUGUUGAUGAAAAAAGUGGUAGGCCUAGGUCUAAAGUUGGUGAUAAAAUGGCAGAGCUAGAUCUAGAUCUAGUGGGGCGGGAAGGCCAGGCGCCCGUGGGCAGAUCUAUUGCUUGGCGUGAGAUAGUAGCUCAGGAGUCGGAUACCGGUAGCUCGGGGCAGGCUCAGCCAGCAGUUUCAGUGCCGGCGCGGUCGGCAGGGGUAGCCGAAGAUCUAGGCCUAGAUCUAGUGGAGGUCGGUGUUGAGAGAUCUGAGCCCCAGGCGCCUAGGCUUUCUGCCGUGUUGGGGGCACCGGAACCAUUUAUUAGCGCAUGCGACCCACUAGGUGUGGAAGUGGCUAUCUCACUGAAGGAAAAAAUUUGGGCAAGUGAAUAUAUAGAUUUGGGAGUGCUCCUUAAGCAUAAUAAUGCACGUGAUGAGUUUGGGGCCUUGAGUGUAGGUGACACCACUUUGAGUUUGUGUCAAUCGGGAUCUGGUCUUGGUUUGCAACUUCAACCUCAAUCAAAGGCUAAGAAAAUCAUGUCGGUAGAGCAGUGGACUUCGGUGUUUCUAGUAUUUGCCUCAAUUUACGCUGAGAAGCACAUUGAAAGGAGCAGGGAGCUCAUGAAAUAUAUGGAUUUGAUAAGGCAUGCAGCCCGUGCGUUUGCAGGUUAUGGCUGGCGUGACUAUGACACUCAGUUUAGGAGCAAGCAGGCGCGUUUACCCGGGCGAUCCUGGGCGAGCGUCGACGCCGAGUUGUGGUUGAUGCUGGUGGCCUCUAAUGGU